AUGGCAGGAGCCGCUAGGUGCACGGCGAAACAGGUACUAGAACAGAUUUUGGCGAAUCGCCCGUCCGUCCCAGAUGAGGACGACGAUGACGAAGAGGAACAGGAGGAGGACGAGGAACAACAGGAGAACGUGUCAGAGGAGGGCUCGGAAGCGAUGCCCGGAGCCGCCAGGUGCACCGCAAAACAGGAGGGCGAGGAACAGGAGGAGGGCGAGGAACUGGAGGAAGUGUCAGAGGAAGAAGACAACCAGGAACACGAGCCGGAGGACGAGGCUUCCUCCUCCUCGUCGGACCAGGAACAAGAGCGAUACGCUCCCGAGGCGGAGAGAGAUACGUUCCGGUCGAAAAACGGAGCAAUCGCGUGGUCCUCGGUCGCGUGUCCCAAACAGGGCAGGCCGCCACGUUCGCUCGUGGCGGCCACGAUGCCCCCGGGCCCCACGGAGCACGCGGUCUCCCACACGCGGGACGUAGCCUCCGCGUUCCUGCUGUUCAUCACACCCGCGAUAGAAAGCGUGGUACUGGAGAUGACAAACCUGGAGGGCACUCGGAAAUACGGAGACGGCUGGAAGGCGAUGGAUGCGAUCGACCUGCGCGCAUACGUGGGGCUGCUGAUCCUUGCGGGCGUAUUCAGGUCCCGAGGCGAGGCAGCGGCCAGUCUGUGGGACGCGGAGAGCGGAAGGCCCGUGUUCCGCGCCACCAUGCCUCUGAAACUCUUUCACACGUACUCCAGGCUGCUGCGAUUUGACGACCGCGAGUCGCGCCUGGAGAGACGCGCAACGGACAAACUCGCGGCCAUACGAGAGGUCUGGGACAAGUGGUCCGAGCGGCUCCCGUUCCUCUACAACCCGGGCCCUCACGUUACGGUGGACGAGCAACUUGUCCCGUUCAGAGGUCGUUGCCCUUUCCGCCAGUACAUGCCCAGCAAGCCCGCGAGGUACGGGAUCAAGUCGUGGGUAGCGUGCGAUGCAAAAUCCAGCUACGCGUGGAAGAUGCAAGUGUACACCGGGAAGCCCGCCGUGGGCGGACCUGAGAAGAACCAGGGCAUGCGGGUGGUGCUCGAUGUGACAGAGGGGCUCAGGGGACACAACGUGACGUGCGAUAAUUUCUUCACCUCCUACGAACUCGGACAGCGGCUCCUGGCCAGGGGGCUCACGAUGGUGGGCACGGUUCGCAAGAACAAGCCCGAGCUCCCGGCCGCGCUGCUCGCGACCAAGGGCCAAGAGGUGUUCUCGUCCAGGUUCGCUUUCACACCGAGCGCCACUCUAGUGUCCUACAUGCCCAAGAAAAGCAAGAACGUGGUACUGCUGAGCACGCUGCACACAGACGCCCACGUGAGCGAGCGCCAGGACAGGAAACCCUCCGUGAUCUUGGACUACAACAGCAACAAAGGAGGGGUGGACAACCUAGACAAGUUGGUCGGAACCUACAGCUGCAGGAGGAUGACGGCCCGCUGGCCCUUGGUGGUGUUCCACAACAUAAUCGACGUGUCCGCUUACAACGCCUUCGUGAUAUGGAGGGAGCUCAACCCCGGCUGGAUGACCCGUAAGCGGAACAAGAGGAGAGUGUUCCUGGAGCAGCUGGGAAAAGCUCUCGUGAAGCCGCUCAUGGAAAGAAGGGCGCGUAUCCCGCGCACACGCUCGUCCGCUGAGCUCGUGAAAGCCGCGCAGGGCGCUAGAGCAGGUGAUCGCCGCGAGGGCCUGGAAGCCGCUGCCCGUGCCCCUGGCCCUGCCCCUGCCAGUAAGAGGAAGAGGUGUCAGAGCUGCCCGCCCAAGAAAGACUGUAAAACCCACACGGUGUGCAGCGGGUGUAAGAGAUACGUAUGCAAACGCUGCACCCAUGCUUACUGUCCCACGUGCGCCGAUUGGGGGUUUACACAAGAAGAGACGGCCUGACCCGGGGGGAAAAAAAAACGAUCUCUGUCACCCACGGUUAGCAUAUCGGUCGAUGCGCCACCCAUUGUCCCUAGGUAGAGAAUCAGCGUUAGAAUCGCCCCUUUUCCCUUGGGGUCUCUCUUACCCGAGGUUAUACAGCACCCUGCCCUGUCCCUUUGGGUCUCUCUUACCCGCGGUUAGACAGCACCCUCCCAUUUCCCUUGGGGUCUCUCUUACCCACGUUUAGACAGCAUCCACCCCUUU